CCCGCGGUGGCUCCGCGGCUCCAGGUAAAGCCUGAGACCUUGAAUGUUGUGCACUAUUCAUGCAGGUUCAAUGUAAUCUUAUUGGGCACCAGCAGUGGAACUCGUCUGUUCAAAAUGGUUUAUGGUGAAUUUUUCCGCAGACCUGGCAAAGAUGCAGAACUUAUCAAUUUGAAUGUAGGUGGCUUUAAGCAAUCAGUGGAUCAAAGCACCUUGCUCCGAUUCCCCCAUACCAGACUUGGGAAACUUCUCAAAUGCCAUUCAGAAGAGGCUAUUCUAGAACUGUGUGAUGAUUAUAGUGUUGCAGACAAGGAAUAUUACUUUGACAGGAAUCCUUCCUUGUUCCGAUAUGUUCUGAAUUUUUACUAUACGGGCAAACUUCAUGUCAUGGAAGAACUUUGUGUCUUUUCCUUCUGCCAGGAAAUAGAGUACUGGGGGAUAAAUGAGCUGUUUAUUGAUUCCUGCUGUAGCAAUCGGUACCAAGAAAGGAAAGAAGAAGGUCCUGAGAAAGACUGGGAUCAGAAGAGCAAUGACAGAAGUAUAGACUCCUCUAACGAAGAGUCAUCCAUAUUUGAUAAAGAGCUGGAAAAGUUUGACAAUCUGUGUUUUGGUGAAAUAAGAAAGAAGAUCUGGAUCAGAAUGGAAAAUCCUGCGUACUGCUUGUCUGCCAAGUUAAUUGCUGUGUCGUCCCUGAGUGUUGUCCUGGCAUCAAUUGUGGCCAUGUGCAUUCACAGCAUGCCAGAGUUUCAAAGGCUGGAUGCCAAUGACAGGGAGAUUGAAGACCCUGUGCUAGAAGCUGUGGAGAUUACGUGCAUCAUCUGGUUCACUGCUGAGCUAGUGAUCAGGCUCAUCACUGCUCCAAGUCAAAAGAAGUUCUGGAAGAAACCACUGAAUAUAAUUGAUUUUGUCUCUAUUAUCCCAUUUUAUGCCACGUUGGCCGUGGACACGAAGGAAGAAGAAAGUGAAGAUAUUGAAAACAUGGGGAAAGUGGUUCAGAUCCUGCGGUUAAUGAGGAUAUUUCGCAUCCUGAAACUGGCCAGGCACUCUGUAGGACUGCGGUCUUUAGGCGCCACUUUGAGACAUAGCUAUCAGGAAGUUGGACUUCUGCUUUUGUUUUUGUCUGUUGGGAUUUCUAUUUUUUCAGUGCUUGUCUACUCAGUAGAGAAAGAUGAUGACUCAUCAGAAUUGCACAGCAUCCCUGUUUGCUGGUGGUGGGCAACCAUCAGCAUGACCACUGUUGGUUAUGGGGACACUUACCCGGUCACGCUUGCUGGAAAGCUGCUUGGCACCCUAUGCAUUAUCUGUGGGAUACUAGUGGUAGCACUUCCAAUCACCAUUAUUUUCAAUAAGUUUUCUAAGUACUAUCAAAAACAAAAAGAUAUUGAUCCAGACCAAUGCAACAAUGAUCACAAAGAGAAAUGUAAUGACCUACCUUAUUUUAACAUUAGGGAUAUUUAUGCAAAAAAGAUGCACUCCUUCAUUUCUAGCCUUUCUUCAGUAGGAAUUGUAGUCAGUGACCAAGAUUCAACAGACGCCUCCAGUAUCCAAGAUAUGGAGGAUGUUUAUAACACAACAUCUUUAGAGAAUGAUACAGGAAAAUGAGUUGAAUCACAUUCUCUUCCCUUUAUUUCUCUUCUGAUGCUUGGUAAAUGUGGACUUACAAACUUCAGUGAAUUUAUUAAGAGCAGUUAAUUCUCAGGGUACUUAACUCUCAGCCAUAUUUGGACAUUCUUUGCUCUGAGGAUGCCAUAAAAGCUUCAUUGUUUAUAUGAGGCUUUAAAAUAUGCCUCAUAUGGCAGUUUAGUUUUUACACAACUAAUGUUAUGCAUUUUUUGGGAGAAAA